AUGACUUGCUGGUGUUGCGGAAACGGCGGAUCCAAGAACUUCGUGUUUGCGCGUGAAUCUAUCGAUUAUUCCACGUUCGCUUUUCCCACCUUCCUCUUUGUUUUUUUUUUCCCUCUCAGAGAGGUUUCGUUCCGCCUCCGACUAUUCGUGCACCAACAGGAGAGAGUCGCUCUUGUUCUUGUUUAUGUUUUAUCGCCGUUGUUUCUACCUUUUCCUUUCCUUUUCCUCGCGCUGAAAGCAGAACAGUUGCAUAUAACUUGCACACCUUUUCUGUUUCGCCUGCUUGAUGGAAGGAUCGGGAGAGGAGGAGAUGUUGUUUCCAUGCGUAUUAAUGCCUGA